AAUAUACAAAUGAGGAAAGCGUGCUGCUGAAUUAGAGAGUAGCUUUGUGAGACUUUUUUUCCAGCGAAGCGAGAGAAGAAUGAUUACAUUCCUGCUGCAGUCUUCAAUGUGCCAGAGUUAGAGAGUGGAAUAGGAAAUGAACUGCAGUUCAAUGACCCUCCAUGGCCUGAGCAAUGGGAGCUGGAAGAAAAGAACUACCUAACGAUGUCACACAUCUGAAAGGAAUUCGGCUCCUUGAUGGGCCUGUGACAGCUGCUUCCCUCAUAUACCGUAAUAACUAUAUCGAUAUCUGUAGCUUGUGCUGGAGCCCGAAGGACAACAGCAGGGAAUUUGAUGGCCUAGGACAACUGAAUUUCAGGGCAUUAAUGUAUGGAAAAGAGAAGGGCCAUGGUGGUAAAGGAAAUAUUUUUAUCUGGGCCUCAGGAAAUGGCGGUCUGGCUAACGAUCACUGUGGUGCUGAUGGCUAUGUGAACAGUAUUUACACAGUGGCAACUGGAGCCGUCACUAAGCUGGGACUAUGGACCUUUAACUGA